CUAGGCAGGAGACCAGGCACAUAAAGGUUCAUUUGUAAAGAGCAUCCUACCAGAACCUCCUCUCUUUUGCUCCAACUACCCAGUGAGUUGGAGCAUUUAAGAAGAUUCUUCUGCCAGUGAGACCAAAGGAAGGAAAAGGGCCAAAAGCCAAAAUGAAAUUUUUGGUACUUGUUGCUGUCAGCUUAACUUUGCUGCUGGGAACCCAUGCCAUGCCUUCAAAUCGCCUUUCUUGCUACAGAAAGAUACUAAAAGAUCGCAACUGUCACAGCCUUCCAGAGGGAGCAGCCCAUCUUACGCAGAUUGAUGAAAAUGUCCAGGAUCAUUUCUGGGAUGGGAAGGGAUGUGAGAUGAUUUGUUACUGCAAUUUCAGCGAGUUGCUCUGUUGCCCAAAAGAUGUCUUCUUUGGACCGAAGAUCUCUUUUGUAAUCCCUUGCAACAACCACUGAGAAUCUGGAGAAUGUGACCCCCUUGCUUCCUACAAACUAUCAGUAUAAUUAAACUGUAUUUCUCAUUUCUAUACAGUGCAAGAAAGCAGAUUCUAUAGCUUUGUGUAGGAUAAGUAAGCCUGUGCUUAGCAAGCAGUAAUAAAAGUUAAUUCAGUUUUUCACUGUG